AUAGACAAAUAAUUUUAAGACAGUUAGAAAUUUGCGAUAAAAACAGUGAAUUCCAUAAAAUCCAGAAAUACGGGACAAAACUGCAGAAUUAACAUAUAAUAUUUAGUGACAAAAGAUUCGCAGAAGCUAUUCGAACAAAAUGACCGAUGGAACAGCUUCAUGUAUAGACAUAGUUCGUGAAUUUAUAGUAAAUGCUUCAAAAGAUUUUGCAAACACGUUGGGACUUAAUAGUAAUACUACUAGAAGAGAAGAGAAGGUUUCAACUCCAACUUUUGUUAGAAGACAACUUUUAGAUGUACUAAUUACCGAAACGUGUGGUCAUGUUAAUGACGAUUUAAGGCUUCUUUGGUAUGCUAGUUGUGAUUGCUACUAUGACAUAAGCGGCGAAGAGAUUAAUAAAGCGAAAAAAAUAUAUAAAGAUUAUUGGACGAAUGUUUAUAGCGUUUUUUUGAAUACCGCGAAUAAACUUAACGAGGAUCCCUAUGUGCAUGUGGAGUUAGUUUCACCAUCCGAAAUACAGAUAAAUUUCAAUAUAUCAAUGGGAGAAUAUUUGUACUCACCCAUUCACAUCCCUGGCGAAAAUCCAAUUAUAGUUCUUGGUCAAAAUAGUAUUUAUAUUAGUAAAGCUGAUUUUGAUAAGAUUAGCUGGAGACAUGACCAAUUCGCUGCACGAAAACUGUGUGCAUUAAUAUUUUCUCGAGUUCAAUUGCUACAAACGGACUUUAAAAAAACAUUUCUAGAACCUUAUAAAAUUGCUGAUAUUGAAUCUUGUGUGCUAACAUCCUCAAAUAGUAAUUCUGAGGAUAUAUUAAAAAGCAUUGCUAGAAGAUGUUUUAAUAUACACAAAAGAUAUACAAAUAAACGAAUACCUGGUAAAAAAUCCUAGAUGUUGUGUGAUAACACAAAGCAUUCUGGCGCACACUUUAAAUUUAUACCUGUUCUAUUCAUACGUACAUACAUAUAUUAUAUUUGGUUAUCUAUUUCUGUGUAUGCGUAUCUGCGCACAAACACUUUUUAACAUUAAUACUUUGGUUCUCUUAUUUUUUGGGUAAACGUAAAUGUCAAAUACUUAUCGUAACUAUAUAGUAAACAAUUAGUUUUAACAAUAAUUAGCAAUUGUGUUUGAAUAUAAAAACUAUGAAAACUCACUUCGAAUAACGAUUUUUGUAUU